AUGGUAUGCGCCAAGGACGACCAAACGCUCUGCACCAUCAGAGACGUCCGGCCAGACGCAGUACAGAAGCGCUUCUCGAUAACUGUCCAUCCGCACUUUACCGUCGAGACCCUGUACGAUCAUGUUAGGCUGCAGGUAGACUACAGUGACUUCGAGCUAAACCUGCAGCUCGGUUUGGAGUCUGACGAACAGAUAUCCUUACACAAUAGACAGCAGGAGAAACUUUCCGAUGUUGGAAUAAAAUUUGGUACUGGGAACGAUCUAAUCAUCAUCCCGCUGGACAACAAUUUACAUUUUUCGAUGCCACUAGAGGAUAUAUCUUCUGAUGAUGACCUAGCCCUCGGUGCAUCAGCAAGUCCGGUUGAAUCUGGAAACUACAACAUCCCGGAACCACCAGCGCCGCCACCUCUAAUUGAUAGUGCGCAAAACCGGCGGACAACGAAAAAUCGAAAUCUCUUCAACAUCCACAUUGACAGUGCGAAAAGCGAAUACACGCCAGCGAUUGGUGCCCCGCCACUCAACAGCAUGAGCGGAGGAAGCAUAAUUAGCAACGGAUUCCAUCACGCCGAUGGUGGCAGUGGCAGUGUUGAAGGAGGAGGAACCAUAAUGACGGGACGAGGAAGAAGAUUGGGAGGCGAUGGGGAGAGUGAACGUGCACCCACCUUCCGCGGGUUGGUGAACCAAGCGAUGACCUGCUACCUGAACAGCCUGCUCCAGGGACUCUACAUGACACCCGAGUUCCGCAACGCGCUAUACAAAUGGGAAUUUGACGGAGAAGACGAGAAAAAAUCAAUCCCGUACCAGCUGCAGAAGCUGUUCGUGAACCUGCAAACGUCACCAAAGUCGGCCGUUGAGACGACGGAUCUGACACGCAGUUUCGGGUGGGAUUCGGCGGAGGGCUGGCAACAGCACGACAUCCAGGAGCUGUGCCGCGUGAUGUUCGACGCGCUUGAGCACAAGUUUAAGCGCACGGAACAGGCGGAUCUGAUCAAUCGGCUGUACCAGGGCCACAUGAUCGACUACGUGAAAUGUCUGGAGUGUAACACGGAAAAGCAGCGUGAGGACAAGUUUCUCGACAUACCGCUGCCGGUGAGGCCGUUUGGUAGCACCGUCGCGAACGAGUGCGUGGAGGAGGCACUGCAGGGUUUCGUCAAACCGGAGAUACUCAACGAAAGCAACCAGUACUUCUGUGACACCUGCAACAAGAAGUGCGACGCGCACAAAGGCCUAAAGUUUACCAAGUUCCCGUACAUUCUGACACUGCACCUAAAGCGGUUCGACUUCGACUAUCAAUCGUUUCAUCGGAUUAAGCUGAAUGAUAAGGUCACGUUUCCUGAGAUGUUGAACCUAAAUCACUUCGUCAGUUCGUCCGAUUACAAGCUAACGACGAGCACUAUUGCAGCAGCAGCAGCUGCGGCUGCCGCAGCUGCCGCUGAAACCUCGUCCGUUAAUGGCAGUGCAAAUGGAAACGGUUCGAUUAUGAUGGAAACGGCGGAAAAUUUCAUGAAAUCUGACGAAUGUAGCACCACGGACAGUGGCUCUGCGCUAGAGGAAGAUUCGUUUCAAAACGGCACAUCCGUGUCGUCGACCACAACUACACCGAACGAUCACUUUAUGGCGCAGGACGAGGACGAAGGUAUUGAUAUGGAUUUGACAACCAACGGCGAUAGCCACAGCAAGUCGUCCCCGCUAAAUAAUAGCUUCAACGCGCCUGGUCCUUAUAAGUAUGAGCUGUUUGCGAUCAUGAUCCACGCGGGUAGCGCCUCCGGAGGUCAUUAUUAUGCGUACAUCAAAGACUUCGAGAGUGGUCGCUGGUUUUCGUUCAACGAUCAAACCGUCCUACCAAUCACGCAAGAGGACAUUCACAAAUCGUUUGGUGGCGGACCUUACAAAACGUCUUACACCGGCGCAUACACGUCCAGUACGAACGCUUACAUGCUAAUGUAUCGUCAGAUCGAUGGCGAAAAGAAUUCUCUUCCGGUUUCAGAAGAAAACUUCCCCGAACAUAUUAAGCGGUUGGUUAUGAAUAUUCGCGCAUCUGAAGGUGCAUUCGGAGCGCCCUCAGGCCGCAACCAUCUGGAUAUGAUGCGCCUGAUGGUGGCAUACGAAAAUCCUCGGACGCGCAUUAUCAAGCGACAGCGAAUGGCGGUGUUCACCAACACCACGUUGGCAGAGUCGGUACAGGAGGCGAUGCGAGUGCUCCACCUGAAGGGUACUGUACCAGUCGAGCGUUGCAGAUUGGUUGGCUAUGACAGCAAUGCGCGAACGAUCGAGCGCAGCUUCGAGGGAUCUGCAGCUCUAGCUAAACAAAUUGAUGAGAUCAUGAGUGAGCUAACACGAUCCGAUGGUCUUUUGCUUGAAGUUCGCGAUGAGGAUGAAACCUUUGAGGAAUAUCAACCGCAAGGUGUAAUGACAAAGGUUUACAAAGUGGACGUGAACAGUAAAGAUGUUGAAGGUCCGAUAUCGAUCCGAGUCAAUCACUCGUAUACGAUAGACAAAUACAAAGCUGUGAUCGCGCAAAAGCUGAAGCUCAACCCGAAAACUCUGCUUAUCGGCAAAUCGAUGUACAAGGAUAACCCGAAACUGUUACAGCAAGAUGAAGUAAAGAUCUGCGAUGCAAAUUUCAUCGAAUAUUGCAAGGUGUUUGUGACGACAGCCUGCACAGGGGACGAUGCCGAGCAGUACAAUCAUCGAUUCCUUCAGUUUAUCCAGCGAUUGGAUCAUCUGGUAUCGCUGUAUAUACUUCUGCCGAAUAUGCAAUCGGAAACCCUCGAAAGCCUGUCUAUUACUCGUCUAUCCAAAGAAACCCUCGCGACACUGGCUGGAGCUGACAGUCCAAUGACCGGCACCGGGGACAGCAACAGUGAGGACAGCAGCCUUAGCGAUAACGACCGCACGUUGGUUGAAGAGGACGAUGAUCACGUCAAGUUGAACGGAUAUUUGUCGAGAGUGAUCUUGACGAACGGUGCCAAAAGCAGUGGCGCUACCACUCCAACAACCAACGGAUCUAGGGAUGACGACGAGGAAGAAGACGAAGAUGCAAAGCUGUUAGAGAUGCUGCAAGAGUGCCGAGCAAUGGAGUAUUAUUUUAAGGUAACGCCAUUGGACACUAUCGCCGGCAAUAGCAAUGGAAACAGCAGCAGUAGCUCGAAUGCAAGUGCCACCACAAACGGAAAUGGCGUUAAUGACGAUAGCACACGCAGCCACAGUACGGAUACACAAAAGCUGAUUCAGGUGUUGGUUGAUAAGCGGGCGUGCCAUGGGUUCUUGAAAUAUCGACUGCAGUCAUUCUUGCAAAUAUCGAUGGAUUACUUCAAAGUGUUUUCCUUCGAUAAUAAUUGCACCACUAACGAAAGCACCAACUUGCUGAAAGAGCUGGAAUUCAAAGACGACGAUUGUCUCGCCAUCGAACUAGGUCGGGUGCUACGAAAGGGAGAAUACAAACUGAACGUGAGCUACGCAAACGUGAACGAUAUGACGGAGGAGAUGGACAACACGCCAUUCUUGUGCAACAUUAUCGUUAAGAAUGGGGACCUGGUGGGUCAGAUAAAAGCCGAUAUAAUCGCCAGUUUGCCUGCUACGCUUGGUGAUGGCGCCAAGAAGUACUCCCACUUGAACUCGAAUAACUGCUGGUUGCGCCGCAAGGGUGUGAACUAUUUUUCGCAUGUGUACAAGGAUGACGAACGUAUCGGCAGAGAAGUUACCCUGGGAGUAAACAAUCAGGUAUAUUUGCAAGAAGUGGAUGAUCUCGCCAGCAUGAUUCCGAUGGAUAGCAGUGAUGCGGUACUACUGUUGAGAAGAUGGUAUCCCUCAGAAAUGAAGUUUGGCAAAUUCCAAGAAAUUUUGUUCACCGAAAAACUAGAAUUGAAAAAACAUCUCUCGCGCAUAAGCGGCAUCGCGGAAGAGAACAUUGAAUACGUGAAGUUGACUGUAUCAACGCUAAAUCAUGGCAGCGUUUUGUAUAUCCAGAACAGUUUACAGUGGACAUCGGCACCGCAUAGUGCAGACGAUUGUCAGAAUUUCUUCACCGGAACCCUUCUCUACUACCGCGACCGCUCGGAACCGCAGAAAGAGCUGUCGUCGGAUGAGCGUAAGGAGUUGAUGAAGAAAGACAACCGUACUAGUUCAACCUAUUCGCCACGAAAGGAACGUGCGCUCAAAAUCUACCUGGAUGCAUCGCCCAAAAAAGCCGACGACUGAUCAUCGCCACCCUUCGGUUGUGAAGUUAUCUACAAGAAAAAGAAGAUCUGCUUCUAAAAACAGCAAAUGCUGCUGGAAAUGGGUAAACACGUAAGGGGUUCUAUUUUGACUUCAACAGCAAGCUCUUGCGAGAACGAAUCGCUACAUUUAUUGGCCACGGCGCGAGAAUUUAUUACGCUGGCUGAUGAUGCUGAUCAUGGCCUGACUUGUCGUCGAUCCUUGGCCAAUGGACGUUACAAGCCGUCGAUUCGUUUCGUGCAUUGAAUGGUGGGCUUUCCAUCUUUUUCAGAAACGUACAGUUCCUCUAUUGAAGGUAUGUAACAGUGGAAAAAGAUACUUCUGAUUGCAGCGCUCUGUUUGGCAGCCGCUAGCUCAGAGAUGUCAAACAUUUAUUAACAUUAAUUAUGUACAGUAUGUUAUCAGAAGGCUAAGAUAUGGCUCGGAUGUGAGAGUGGGACGGACUUACUGAAGUGUAUUUUUUUGUUUUUGAUAUAAAUCUAGUUUAAUGUAUGAUUUUUGUGUCUAAGCUCAUGGUUUUCUUCAGAAAAUAGUAGCUUUUUACCCCAUCCACGUACCACCCUUCAGUGGCAAAUAGUGCUUGUUUUCACCAACUGUAAUAUAAAUCAAUCUGCUUUCCCCUGUUGCAGUGAUUUUGGGCUAUUUGUUUCCAUUUUUGAACGAUUUGUUUAAUGAACAUACUGGCGCAAAAAGGGAUCGAUUGGGCAUGUCUGAGCUGCAUUUGAUUGCUUUACAUUUCACGUUGCAACAGAGAUUAUGGUUUGGCAAAGAAAGAAUGACACCUUAGAUAAAUGCUAAAGAGAAUAUGGCCGAAAAAUGCGGACACAGAACAUGUUGCGUGAUAGAGAAUCGAAAUAAGCUUUAUGAAGCAAAAGAAAACACAAAUAAAAACGAAGCGAAUCCUGCAAGAAAGCAAAUAU